CCUAAUUUAUAAUCAUCGCGUCAUAUUCCCUCACACUCCCUUCCCGCAAAACCCUAGCCUCGCCGUCUGAACUUCUGUGCUCGCCACAAUGCCGCCGAAGUUCGAUCCAUCUCAGGUCGUCGAGGUCUACGUCCGUGUCACCGGAGGAGAGGUCGGCGCCGCCAGUUCGCUCGCUCCUAAGAUCGGUCCACUCGGUCUCUCGCCCAAGAAGAUCGGUGAGGACAUCGCCAAGGAGACUGCCAAGGACUGGAAGGGCCUCCGCGUCACCGUCAAGCUCACCGUCCAGAACCGUCAGGCCAAGGUCUCCGUCGUCCCCUCCGCCGCUGCUCUGGUCAUCAAGGCCCUCAAGGAGCCUGAGCGCGACCGGAAGAAGACCAAAAACAUAAAGCACAACGGAAACAUCUCCGUGGACGAUGUCAUCGAGAUCGCGAAGAUCAUGCGGCCGCGUUCCAUGGCGAAAGAUUUGUCCGGCACCGUUAAGGAGAUCCUCGGAACCUGCGUUUCCGUCGGGUGCACAGUAGAUGGAAAGGACCCAAAGGAUUUGCAGCAGGAGAUUUGUGAUGGAGAGGUAGAUAUUCCUCUGGACUGAUACGCCAUUUCAUUUCCAUUGUUUUUGUUUUAUUCCCCUGUGAGAGAAUUUUGGAUGAGAAGACUUGGUUUUCUUGUUUCAGACAUUAGGAGGUUGUUCUUUCAUGCUCCAUUGAAAUGUUGUUUGCUGUUGGUUAAAGUUCAAGAUUCUCUUUUGCUUGCAUUGCUAAGUGAUGCCAUUCCAUGAAUGGAAAUCCAUUUAUCUCAGGGCUGCCGUUAUGCUUUUCUGCUCCCUUUUUCUUGGUUUGUGAAAUCUAAAAAAAAUACGAUUUUGAAAACAAAACUUUCUGUUUUUU